AUGAAAUUAUACAAAGAGUGGUUUUGAAACGUGAAGCAAAAUGGCAGAGCGAGUCGUGAUGUGUCUCGUAGGAUGAUGCUCGUUGAUCUAUUCACUAGAAAGAGUAACAAUUUGAGAGACGCAUUGUUAUCUAUUACAGUUUAGUCUUUCGCCUUCAAAAAAACCGAUAUUAAUCAUUAUGGCUUAAUAACAUGGAUGCUACGAUAUACGAUAGAGCCAGUAAACUCAGAAAACCGCGCGCUGAGUACAUAGCUUAAAACGCAAUACACUUUGCUGCAUAACAAGCUACUGCAACCAAAAAGAGGGUACCAUGGCAGAUGCCCCUUUCGAAAUCUUGGAGCUCAUUGCUUCAUACUCAACAACACCCGCUGUUGCCACCAGCUGUCUUGUCUGCCAAUCUUGGCUGAACCCCAUGCGGAAACAUCUCUACCGAACAAUCCAUAUCGAUUCUCGGAAACGGUUUCGACGAUUCUUUCGGUCCAUCCAGCAACUCGACAUUGAAGGGAUUCCAUAUGGUCAGCACGUCAAAAGUCUCGUUCUACGUGACAAUGUCGGCAUGACUUGGGUUGAGCUCGAGCAACUUGCAGUGUUAUGUCCUGCACUAGAAGUACUAUACUUCCACCAACGUAUCUGGAACUACGUGCCACGACGCCAACAAAUCUCACAAAGCUGGCAGCGCGGCAAUCUAAAACGCUUGCCACCCAUGAACUACCACGCCGCACUUAGACUUCUCCCCACCUAUGGAUCAAGACUGACCACGUUACAUAUUGUAUUGUCCCAACCGGCAUUCAGCUUAUUUGCAAAUACGCCUCAUUUAAAGGAACUCGUUCUACUACCAAACGACGAGUACCACCACCAAGGCAACCAUGUUAAUAUCGAUGGCGGCGAUGGUGUUAUGAACUCACUCUUGCCGAUACACGCCAAUCAUUUUCGCUCAAUUAUGGAUCAUUGUCCACAUCUAACGGUACUCAAGGUGCUAUGCAAGGUGGUCAUGCGGUUCGAACUGGCCGAGGAACCAACAGUAGCAGCAGUUAUCGAUCAAUUUCCGAUAGAAUCAUCGUCACCAUCAUCCUAUACUACUCACGACCAACUUCAGACACUUGAAAUUGGGUUCGCUAAAUCCUCCAUCAGUUCUCAAUAUGCUUGUAUCCGCUAUAUUACACAAGCAUUUCCCAAUAUGGUUACACUCGACAUCAAUUUCAUCACGAUCAAUACAUUUGCGCUACGACAGCCAUUCCGCCGAGCAGUAGCUACUACACCAGAAGAACAGAUACAGACAUUUAUCGCGUUGGGACAGCAGUGCCGAAAGCUUGAAACGCUGCGAUUGCGUGGGGUCGACGCACUCCUUGCGCCCAAUCGAACUUUUUUUGAGACAUUAGAAACUGCAGGUACACAAUUAAAAGCAUUGGAGAUGGGCCGUGUACAAGAGCUAUUGCUCCCUGGUGGUAGCGCGCAUUAUCUUCGGUACAACAAGGAAACAUAUGACGCAAUGUUACAGGCGGUUGGAUCAUCAUUGACAAUGCUACAUUUACAUACGGCCUACUGGAGCUUGCCUCACGUUUCUAGACUCGUUGCAACCAUCACACAAUCUUGUCCAUCAUUGAACGACUUGAAGAUAUCAGCACUGGCCUUCGGCCGUCGUCUGCGCAGCCCUAUCGAUAUUGGAAUUCUUCUCAACAAGUUGUUAAAUUUGGAGCGGUUGGAAAUUAACAAUGCCCACGUUGUGUGCAGCGACAGUGGCCAUGUCGACAACAGCAAUAUGGGUGUUAAUGCAACGACAUCGACGCCUGCCUCUCAAAAAGUAACAACAGGAACAAUAAAUCGCGGUGGUGUUCUUUGUAAAUUAAAGUCAUUCCUUCUCAACCGUGUUCACUUUGCACCUGAGCUGUUCACAGUUCUGGAAAAACGGUGUCCGCGUCUAUCUCAACUUUCUGUGAUAUGCAGCGUUCAACAACAACUCGGUGCCUCGACCGCCUUUACUUUACGAAUGCCAGAUCAUGUAUUUGACAAAAUCAACGUGACAGAGAUAUAUUUGGAGCUGGAGGCGUCACGAGUUGGGUAUACGGUGGUAUGCUCAUUGAAACAAGUGGGCAAGCCGACAUGGGCGAAGCGGGACAGUCAUCAUCACGGAAAAGUCCAGGCAACACGGUGGUACGUGAAUCAUAGGCGCCGACUUCGCGACAAGCAUAUAAAAAAAAUCAAGCAGUUUGAGAAAUUCAAGGAAGCGAUAGCAGCAGCGGAAGCAUGCGAAGAUAAAGAGACAUUAAAAAAGACAUCAGUAGAUCUGAAAAUUUUGGACUCUUCGGGGAAUUGGAAGGAUUGGAUGAAACAUGGGCGAGUUGCUAUAGAGUGUAAAUCUGUCAGUAACUUUAUCUUUAAUGGUGGAUCUAUCAUUCCUUGAUGAUAGACGAUCCACCUCCUACGUACUUUAAAUGCUUCAUUUACUGUGAUUAUAAAGCAAACGAUUACUCUAUCAUUUAUAUGCAUGUAAAUUAUGUAUUCUGUGAUCUUUUUCUACAGAUAACACAUUAGCUAAAGAGUAUAAAGCUCUAUU